AUGUGGAACCAAUUGGUGUGUUGCGCUCUGCUGGUGGUCCUGGUUCAGGGUACAAUCUUCGAGCGGCCAUGUCGCAGUCUUGACGCCGUGCAGGACUUUCAGGUUGAAAAGUACCUCGGGCUGUGGUACGACCUCGAGCAUUACGAGGCCAGCUUCGAGCAGAACACGGAUUGCGUCACGGCCGAGUACAGCCGGUACACGGAUGGUUCGAUUCGCGUCUUCAACUCGGCCGUCCGGCUGACGGAUGGGCUGCUGUACGCGGUGGAUGGACUCGCGCUGCUCAGCUACCCGGAGGCCAACCCGCUCGAGGCCAAGCUAAACGUAUCGUUCUACGGUGCACCGAAUGACGAAUCGAAUUACUGGGUGCUGGAUACGGACUACGAGAGCUAUUCGAUUGUCUGGAGCUGUGAACCGAUCGGACAGGACCGGUCGUUGGAGUACUACUGGCUUCUUUCGCGUACGCCAGCCCUGCCGGAUGACGAGCAGCUGCGGGACAAGAUUGCUAUGGUGAAGCAGCAGAGGGGAAUCGUCGACGACGAGCUCAUCAUCACGGAGCACUUCGCGAAGGAGUGUGACAAAACCCGUAAGUAG